AUGGCAAUUGCAAGCAUCAUCAACGAGUACAGCGAUGAAAGCGAUGCCGAAGCAUUGGCUGGGCUAGAGGCAAUGCGUAUGGCAGAGGCUCAAGAAGCAGAUGCGAAUCGAGGCAGUGCUCUUUUCGGCUAUUAUGGCUCUUCUUUGGCAAAUCUUUCCAACGAAGCUGAUGAUGUUGAGAUGCCUAUGGAUAUGAGUACGCUCAGCGGAGGUUAUGAUGCCCACAUGUCCUACGGAGGCGAUCCCAGUAUUCUGGCUGCAGGCCCAGACACCAAUGGAAUCAAUUCUUUAUCGGCUUCGAACUCUUUACGACGAUCUAUCGGCUCAAGCAAUCCGGAUAGCAUAUACGAUCAUGCUAUGAGCCUUGGCUUCCACGGACCGCCAGUCGCUCGGGUUGAUGCCGGUGACACGGGAGGAUUCACGGAUCCUGAUGCACUCAAUCGUAGACAGAGCUUUGAUGAGGGCGACGAGUACAGCCUCACAGACAACCUCCUUCAACCUGGCGAGCCUCCAGACAUGUUCUUCCAUCCCGGUCAUUCGAUUCAUAACCACGAUAGGCCCUUGCCUCCUCCACCAAUUGUUUCAGAGAACGCUGUUCCUCGUCUUAACACAAGUUUGCUGCACCAGCGCUCAAACUCUCUAUCUCAGGCCCCGUAUCGUAUGACUCCCGAUGGCUAUACACCCUCCACGAUGGACAGCGGCGCUGGCACUUUCCCACGAUCUGCAUCUCUGCUGAAUCACAGUCAGACACCGCAGGUGCUCCAGCCUGCAAGGUCGAAGACAGAUGCAGAGGAGCGCAGACUCAGACAGGGUUACCGAGCUUCCAUCUAUAACACAUUUGACAACACGCCUGCCGCAAGCACUGUUGCUCUUGAUUUGCCUAGCCUUCCUACAAAGCGUUUCAAUCCUGCGAAACUUGGCGGGUCCGACUUCAAGAAGUGUGAAGAGCCUUGGGCGUUGAGCUCGAUUCUCCAGUGGUUGUUCAUUGUGGCGGAUCCUGAGAAGAUGACCGAGUUGAAGGAAUCUAUGGUCAAGGAAGCUCUUGUUGCGCUCUUUACUAACAAAGUUCCUACUAUGAACAUUGCUGACGCUGAAGUCUUGAGCAAUCGUGUUGUCGAAAACAUGUAUGCCUCUAAAACACUUGUUCCAGUCGAAGAAUGGGUCAAGCUCAGCCCAGGACAUAUGAGUGGCGUCAUCUUCCAAUUGACUCUAAAUGGAUGUUACUCGCAUACUGUUCAUAACCACAUACUCCCAGGCCGCUGCUACUCUCACCACUGCCAGCGUACUCUGAAGAAGGUCAACCUCCAAACCAUUUCGACUCGAGCCUCUGAAGAUUGGGCGACCUUUUAUAAGCUCAAAAAAGAGGAUGUGGAUGGUCAUGAUAAGAAAGAGAUUGAGUUGCAGAAUAAUCUUCACGAGAUUGUGCAGACUGAAGAGGGUUUUAUGGAAAGCCUCGAUGUGAUGAUUCGGUUGUACCGCGAUCCACUUGCCACUGCCAAUCCGUCUAUCAUCAGCCCUAAUCGUCAGGAAAGAUUCUUGCGAGAUGUGUUCAGUAAGCUGGACUUGGUCAAGAAAGCUAACGUUGAGCAUCUGCUACCGCAACUCAAAUAUCGACAACAAGAACAAGGGCCUUGGGUUCAAGGAUUUAGCGAUAUUUUCAGGCAAUGGAUUCGCAAGGCUAGGACUGCUUAUAUUGAAUAUGCCACAGGCUUUCCUAGUGCCAAUUCUUUGAUGCGACAAGAGCUCGAGAGGAACAUUAGUUUCCGCAACUUUGUCGAAGCGGCGAGAAUGAACAAACUCUCGAACAAGCUUGGCUGGGACAACUACCUCAAGGCGCCUAUUACAAGGUUACAGCGUUACAGUCUACUCUUGUCGACUGUUCAUAAAAACAUGCAGCACGAUUGUGAGGAGAGGACAAACCUGGCGACUGCGAUCGAAGAAAUUCGAGCUGUCACUCUAGAGUGUGAUUCACGUGUCGCUGAUCAGCAAAGAAAGGUCGAUCUGUCUGACCUCAGUCAAAAGCUGGUGCUGAGACCUGGAAUGGCUUCCGAAGUUGAGCUCAACCUGACAUCGAUCGGACGAGAGCUAAUCCACCAAGGAGACUUGCAGAGAAUGGGCACCAAUCGAUUCACGUGGCUCGAAUGCCACGCCCUACUGUUUGAUCAUUACCUCGUUCUUGCCAAGGCAGUUUCAGUACUGCAAAAAGGUGCUCCUAACAAGAUAGAGAAGUACGACGUUUCGAGGCUGCCUAUUCCAAUGGAUCUACUCGUUCUGGAGAAUAUUAACGAAGAUGCAGUCGUACGGUCUUCGUACGUCAAAGGCAUCACAUCCGUUACUCCCUUGCCAUCGAAACCAGCGCCAUCCAGUCCAGACCUGAGUAAGAUGACUCGAAUGACAACAGCCCAAUCAGCUCACCCCACUCUGGCUUCAGUCAACACGGGCUCGUCGAUGACAAGUUUGAACAGCGUCGCCUCCGCGCCGUCGAAGCUUUCCAGCACUACCGUACUUGACAACAAAGAUUCGGAAAAGAUUUUGUAUCCAUUCCGAAUUAAGCACUUGGGCAACAAAGAGCCAUAUACGCUUUUCGCCAAUAACGCUGGCAAUAGAACGGAAUGGUACAACAAGAUCAUUGAGGCCAAAACCAAACAUGCUGCUGCUCUCUUCGCUCAAAACGCCGAACCUUUCCGUCUUAGAGUGAUUGCUGAUUCUGCAUUCUACUACGACUCGAAUGCGAACACGAAAGACCAGUAUGGCGUCAGUAUGGUUGGCAAGCCAGUCAUAAUCAAAGGCACGCCUUUGGAUCGUGCUGUCAAAGAAGUCGAGAACAGAUUCAAGGCUAGCGGUCGCCCAGCGCCAAUCUGCAGGGCAAGAGUCAAUUGCGCCACCAGCUUCACAACGUCCUACCCUGACACAAAACACAUGGUUGCGGUCGGUACAGACUUCGGCGUCUACUGCUGUGAAAUGGAUAAUCCUAGAGGCUGGUUUCGUUCAAUUGCAGGCACCAAAGUCACUCAGGUUGCGGUGCUUGAAGAAUUCAACUUGUUCUUGGUUCUUGCUGACAAAGUCCUUUAUGCAUACCAUCUCGAUGCAGUUUGCCAGCCUCUCUCUUCCAGCACGGCCGAAACUCCAUCUUCGCGCAAGGCCCCACAAAAACUUUCUGGCAGUAGAGACGUGGGCUUCUUCGCCGUUGGACGCAUGAAAGAUCGAACUUUGGUCUUUUACAAGAAGAGAGAUGGUAUCUCAUCAACUUUCAAGGUCUUGGAACCCAUUUAUCAGAAAUCAACCGAGAAAAAACACGGCAUCUUCAAACGGGGAAACACUGAAUUCUUCCGCGAUUAUGACGAUUUCUAUAUUGGUACCGAAUGCCACGGCAUGAAUUUAUUCCACAGCAGUCUCGCCAUCAGUUCGGACAAGGGCUUCGAGGUACUCACCCUAGACAAGAAGCAGCCAUGGAGCGUGCCAGACUGGAAGGCUCCAGAGGUUGGUAACAUCCUACGCCACGUCGAGAAGCAAGAGACUCUGGGCAUGCUUAGACUUACCGACCAAGAGUUCUUACUCUGCUACAACCUCUGUGCCGUCUACGUUAACAAACAUGGCGAGAUCAGUCGCUCGGUCGUCAUGAAUUUCGUCGCUAACGCAAAGAGCGCUGCCUUGUACGGCCCUUAUCUCGUGCUCUUUGACAAUGAGUUUGUCGAAGUGCGGAACGCACAGAAUGGCCGCCUAAAGCAAAUUAUCGCGGGAAAGGACAUCAAAUGCCUUGACGACGGCGGUGGCGGCACCUUGAGUGGUGGCAGUACCAAUACCGGCAUCGUCAAUGGCGUUGUUGGUUACGGUGCUGCUAGCCGCACUAUCAAGAUUGUCAUGCAACAUCCUGCGCUCGAGAAGACGCAGAUUGUUGUAGAGAUGGUAUUGAAUAAUGAGCAAAAGGAGUAG